CCCAUCUAGAAGAAUGGAUUCAUGGCUACUUGAAUUUAGAAUAAAUGUUAAAAUGAGUGGGAAGAGAGAAGAAUUUAUAAAUGAAAUAAGCAAGCUUAUAAAGACGAUGGACAUAAACUGCAAGCUUGUGUUUCAAAGUAGACAAAAGAUUACAGCCCUUUACGCAAACAGCAAUAGAUUGAAAGUCUUAUUACAAGAAGCAGACGAAGGCUUGUUCACGUUAGAUAUACACACUACAAACAUAGAUAAUCCCGAAUUUAAAGCUCUUGUUAAUAAGGUAGAUGAAGACAUAAGAAAAUUAGAGUUUGCAGAAAUUCCGAAAACACCUCGGUAUGAUAGUCUUCCUCCAUUGAAAAGAGGUAGAGAGUUUUCAUGUUACGAUGUAUGUGAGGGAUUCAUCGUUGAAAAAGAUUUUGACAAAGUAGUGUUUGAUGAAGUUACAUCAAAACAACAUAUACGGAUUUUACACUCAGUUGCAUUUGGAAAUUGCCUGUAUUGUGAUAAUGAUACAAAUAUUGGGGAAACCGACUACGAAGCGUUUUCGUACGCUUUGUCUGGAUUUGGAAGAGUGGAGUAUACAAAUAAAACUGUACUUAUUCUUGGAGGAGGCGAUGGGUGUAUUGUACGAAGAAUCAAAGAUCUUGGAGCGUCCAUGAUAACAGCCGUAGAUUAUGAUCAGCGAAUGAUUGAUGUUACAAAACUGUACUUUCGACCAAUUUGUGGUGAUGUCCUAGAUUCUAUGACUGGGAAAAAUUAUCGAAUUAUUAUUGAAGAUGCAGAAGAAUAUCUCAAAAGAGCCGUGAAAAAUAGGUUAAAAGUUGAUGUUAUCAUAAAUGACAUAACUUCAAUUCCAGUAAGCUUGAAAAAUGAAGGGAAUAAAUGGAUUUUUCUCAGACAACUUCUUAACCUUUCAAUGGAAGUUCUGAAGGAGAACGGUAUUUACAUUUGUCAUGGAAACGCAGCAAGACAUCCCCAAUAUCAGAAAUUAUUCGAAAAUGCACUUAAUAAAUUGAAGUACUCAGUAACAUUUUCCAAAGAAAUAGCUUACAUACCAUCGUAUCAAGAAAAUUGGAUAAUCUAUCUUAUCUGGAAAAACUCAAAAAAACAGGGCUGCACACAUAAAUAAAUUUAAUGAAUACCAAAUUGAUAUAGCAAGUUGCAAUCAUUUGAGAUCCUCAUUUAUAAUCCAAUAAAAGAUUUCAUACACUUUACUCGUGCAAGAAACCGAACAGAUAUACUGUUUAAAAUGCUUUGGAUAUGACAGAUAUCAUUUCAAUAAAUAUUUGCAUCAAAAAGGUUCCUGGUUUUUGCUACACUUUUUUGUAUAUAUAUAAAGAUAUAAUAAUUUUGAAUAAUUAAAUUUUUUCAAUUCAGUGGAUGAAUGUUUGGCUCAAUUUGAUCAAUUUAAUAUAAAUUAUAAGCUAAUAUUUAAAUACCCAGAAUUUGUAGUUGAGAUAUUAUAUUUUGCUUGAAUGAUGUACUUCACAUUUAGUCUUCUCAAUAAAAAAUUGCUGAUUUUCGUAACUAGUAUUCAUUUGCUCUUCCUACUUUUUCAAAUUUAUGAGACAUUUUCUUUUCCUAUAUUUAUAAUUGCCGAAUUCAUUGUAAGUGCUUUCCUUUAGCAAAUCUAUUAAAUUUGCACUAUU